CGGCGGGCGGACGAGCAGCAGCCGCUCACUGCAGCAGCCAAGGUACUCGUCUGACGCGCUGACGUCACCAAAUCUUUGACAGCACUUCCUGGAUGGUGUUUGUUGUGGGAAAUAGCCGCGGCGGCGCUGAAUCGGGGAAUUAGGCCACAUAAGCGGCAGGAAAGACGGCACCGACUGCCACGAUAUCGCACCUCCAGGCAUGCGGACGCGGCACCUUCCGAGCAGUGUCCGAUAAACGCGCAGCAGAGACGGGCUGAGGCUGAAAGAAGGACGAGGUGGAAAUACUGUCGGACAGCCCUCAGAGCAAAGCCCCCCCGACAGCACGGAGCUGUCGCGAUGUUGUAACUAAACCAUGGACAGCAGGAUAAAGGAGAAUCCAGACAGAACAUUUGAUCUGGUUGUACAGGUGGCGUGUCCAGCAUCUGAAAAUGAGGAUCCAACCGUGCUGUGGAGCUUCCCCCAGGACCACACAGACCAGGAGGUCCUUCAGACGAUACCAAAGUUCUGCUUUCCCUUUGACGUGGAAAGGGUCUCCCAGAGUCAGGUGGGGCAGAAUUUCACCUUUGUGCUGACGGACAUCGACAGCAAACAGAGGUUUGGUUUCUGCCGACUCACCCAAGGCUGCCGGGUCUGCAUAUGUCUGCUCAGUUACCUACCCUGGUUUGAAAUCUACUACAAGCUUCUAAAUACCCUGGCAGACUACUUAUCCAAACAACAGGAAAAUGACUUGAACGACGUCCUGAACUCUCUGUAUGAUCUGCCUGUGCCAAAGCCCUUCACGCCAGUCAACCUGAGUGUGAAUGAGCAGUUGUAUAUUGCCACUGGGCAAGUACUGAGAGAUCGGCGAAGCAAGGAGCCGCACUCCUACUUCAUCGCCCCGGAUAUCAAUGGACUGCCAACUAUCCCUGAGAGUAGAAACCUGACAGAGUACUUUGUGGCCGUGGACAUCAACAACAUGCUCCAGCUCUACGCCAGCAUGCUGCACGAACGGCGCAUCAUCAUUACCUCAAGCAAGCUUAGCACUUUAACUGCGUGUGUCCACGGUGCCGCCGCUUUGCUCUUUCCCAUGUACUGGCAGCACAUCUUCAUCCCUGUGCUGCCCCCGCAUCUUCUGGACUACUGCUGCGCCCCUAUGCCGUACUUUGUGGGAGUUCAUCUUAGUCUGCUCGAGAGAGUGCGCAGUCGAUCGCUGGAGGACGUGGUCAUCCUGAACGUGGACACAAACACCCUGGAGAGCCCUUUCGACGACCUGCACAACCUCCCGGGUGACGUGGUGUCCUCGCUGAAGAGCAAGCUGAAGAAGCAGUCGACAGCGACGGGAAGUGGUGUGGCGAGGGCCUUCCUGAGAGCGCAGGCCGCUCUGUUUGGAUCCUACAGAGACGCUCUCAGAUAUAAACCUGGAGAGCCAAUCACGUUCUGUGAAGAAAGCUUCGUGAACCAUCGUUCGAGCACCAUGAAGAACUUCCUGUCCAUGGCUGUCAACCUGCAGCUCUUCAAACAGUUCAUCGACGGACGGCUGGCCAAAUUGAACGCAGGCCGUGGCUUCACUGACGUGUUUGAAGAAGAGAUCACAGAGGGGGGCUUCUGUGGAAGUAAUUCACGGUCUUACCAGCAGUGGAUGCACACUGUAAAGAGAGGAGGAGCGCUCUUCAACACAGCCGUGUCAAAGGCCAAGGUUCAUGCUAAGAAGGGUAUCCGGGACUUUAAGGGCAUACUUAAAGCAAGGGACGAUGAAGAGGAGGGAAUAACGGUCUAUCCAGGAUCUCCAACCAGUACCAAGAGCCUGUCUCCAAGGAGACUGCAGAAGAUGAGACGGCAUAACUUCAGCAAGUCUCCCAUGAGCAUGGGCCCUCGAGAGCUGGGCUAUGGGCUUGAUGAUGAGGAGCUGGACAAUGCAAGCAAGGUCUCCUCAGAGGACAGCGGCGACGUCCCGUCCUACAAUGAGGACAGCGAUGACUCGUACUCCCUCGAUCUGGACAUCGACUCCUCUCAGUCGGGCCAGAUGAACCUUCUGGAGGAAAUCUUGGAUUCUCUGACGACCACGACGAUGGACCAAGGAAGACUGAGUGCUGCCAAGAGUCUGGACUUCUUCUUGUCCAUGGAUGAUUUAGACUACAAAGCCCCGACCAAGCCCACGCCCUGCAGCGAGUCCAAACCUGCAGACGAGAGCAGCUGUAGUGGAGGCGGCGAUCAAGGCGGAUGGAAUACGGGUCAGGAUGACACUGUGGUCCACGGGAAACACCUUCCACCAUCCCCACGCAGGCAGCCCACCAAGAGCAGCCUGAAGAUGUCCAAAAAACCCGCAGCAGUUCCUGCGGCGCCCACUGCUAGCCCACCAGCCCAGAGCGCCGACGUCUCAGUGCCGAAUCCUCAUCAGCCCUCGCCCGCCGAGCCCCACCCCAACCCGCUGCUUCCAGCGCGGAAACCGGGAGAUCGUUUCUCUUACUCGCCGGCGCUGUCCCAUCGAGUUGCACCCCUCGGGUCGUCCCCCACUCUCUCACAAACCUACAGUUCCCCAGCAUCUGCUUCUGACCCAAGCUGCUCUCCUGCACCGGGGGUGCGGGCGCGGACCAUCUCGGACCCUCAAAGCGGCUCGGAGCCUCAGCAGGCCAAGAACCAGACUGCCUCGACCUACGUGCUCAGGAGGAAGGUCAUGUCCAAGGAGACGACGAGGCAGUACCAGCAGAAGGCCCUCCAGAGGCGGGAGAGCAAGGAGGGUAUGGGGAGCCCGUCCAGGACCAGCCAUUCAGCCGUGCAGGUCCCCUGGGAGAAGGAGAUGUCCAAAGAGGGGCUCCUCGGGCUCGGCCUGUGUUUGGGUCAGGGUAAAGGCUCGGGGGCCCCCGCGGUGCAGGAUCAAGGCCUCCUGGAGGAGAUCGACUCCACAUGUUGCCUCGGCACGGUCCUCCACACCAGCCUGCAGCUCUCGCAAGUUAACAACAGUCACCACCAGGUGCAGGGCAAAGCUGCAGACGACUCCUGAGUCUGUAAAACGCAGCAGGUUUUACUCUUCUUUUACGAUUAGCAGCUAUCUGAAACAAAACGAUUCUUUUUCCCCUUUGUUUUUAAUCUCGACACUCGGCUGCGAGUAUAAGUCCAAACCUGCCAACACAAACACAAAGCCACCGAGCGAGGAGCAGGGAGAGGGCGUGGUGCGCCGCAGAGAUCUCCCUCUAUGAGCCAUCUGCAUAUUUUAAACUCAAACCUGAUUUAUAGCGAUUGGAAAAAAACCCAAAUCAACUUGUCAGUUUUCUGAAACUAAACGUCGUCGGCUCUUUCCUCUGGAAUCGGAUGCAAGAACAGCGUCUCAUGAACUGUGGUCAAAAACACAAACCACGGCCAAACUGUUACAUCCUCAUUUAAUCUGUUUCACCAGUUCAUGACUUGUUUAAAAAAGUACAACUGCAAACAAAAGUUACUUAAGCAGAUGGAGAUUUUCAGUAUUUCUUUCUAAUGAUCUUUAAUAACGUUUUGUGUCAUCUAGUAUUUUUCACAUAUUCACCCCAGACGAUGCACUAAACGCAUUUUCGAUAAAGUUGCGGCUGACGGAGGAGUUUGGAAAAGCCUCCGGAGCGUGUCAGGAGUAAGAAGGGACGCUGCAUCGCUCCAAACAUUUCACAUGAUGAAUUUGCACAUGUGGAUUAACAGCUGAUGAUUCCUACCAGGUACUAAAAUCUUUAGCAAAAAAGCAAGUGAGGCGGGCUUUUUGAAACUCGCCGUGUGACAUGUUUGCCUUACACGGACAUGUGAUUUUUUUAAACUCUGGUGUCUUAAUCUACAGAUGCCACAGCGGGUACUUUGUAAUCAGAAUCACUGAGUCGGGCAGAUCUUUUGUCGGUUUAAUAAUUAAUGAUACAUGAUGUGCUUUAAGCUGCUGUCAGUCGCGGUCCACAGUGAUGUCCAAAUCUCCUCAGGACACUUUUUUUUUCUCCACACUGAAGAGACGCCAGUCAAAGGUCUGAGAAAGCCAGUAUCCCUGCUCCAGGUUUCUCUCCCCCAUCACGACUUUCACUUUGACCUUAAAAAUACGGCCAGUUGUUGCCGAUUUCGUGAAGUUUUAUGCAGGUGAAAAAAGGUGAACUUUCUAGGAGGUGCUCUAUAUUUUUACGAUGAACAAAUCCCCUGAAAAGACCAAAACUAGCAGGCUUUAGUUGUGUCUCUCGGCACUAUCAGACUCCUGUGUUUGCCUGUGUUGUUUCCAGCUGCAGAUUAUUCAGCCUUUGGCUUCACCGUGGCUGGUUUUUGGUCUAUUCACAGUAUUUGCUGACGUAUCUUUCUUCGCCUUUCUCACACGAGGGAAUAACGGUCUGUGUCUGCGUAGGUCGGAGUCACGCUGUAAUAUAAUGCAGCGGUUGAUGAUUGUACUGUAAUGAAGCAAUAUAGUUCUCCUCAGAGUAGCUACAUGGAUGUAAUGUGCACAGAGUCUAAAGUAUUCCUGUAACAGACUCUCCUGUGGAGAGAAACGCCGCGUCCAGCCAUCGCGGCUUCCCAUCAUUCACUGCGUCACCGCAAACCCAGAAAGAAGGAGCGCUUUUUUUCCCUUCUUCUUUUCGGGAAUAUUACAUUUAUGGUUCGUUGUUCUUAUGAUUUAUGCCAGACGCCAGUCGGUGUGGCAGUUUAAUAGCAGCCAUUUCUCCACUUUCUGAGUGCUGCUCUGCGUUAACGAUUUGCUCAUAAAAUCACUGGCGUGCUUCUAAAAGCCCAAGAAUCGGUUAGCGAAUCCAAAAAGGAGAAAAAAGCAAAACACACUCCAGAAGCAUUUGUGUGCUGCCCUUUAUGCACUGUAAACAUUAAGAAAAUACUUCUGUACUAUGCAAACAUUUCAAAUACUAAAGUUUCUCUGAGAGUGAUUCGAUUUUACUUUAAUAUAAAGUCCCGAUUGGACUGCUUUCUGCCCCCGAAUGAAUAAACAAACACAUUUAAAGAGGAAGCUGGUUGGUGUGCUGUGCCUUAUGCAGUCCGAGGUACGCUGUUGUAGGAAGGUGGGCUGUGCGGUGUUUCUGACCACGGCGAGGAGCGAGAGCCCCGCCCGGACCCGAGAAACUAACCUGACAUGAACUCGCGUUGUUUUCGUAGCCGUGUGUUUUUGCGCUCCAGCUGGUUUCACUCAGUGUUUUUAGGGUUUUUCUUUGCUGCGGCUGGGAAUCUUCCCGCUCGUGUUUAAGAGAAGAUCUCUGGGUUACUUUAUCCUUCUGUAAAUUAGGUACUUUUCCUUUGAUUGUUAGCUGAUUCCUUAUGUUGUGUGUGCUCUUUUUUUAAAUAAAAAACUUGUGCUGAGCUUAUUCUGUAUUUAAAAAAAAGAACAAUUCUCAGAGGAGUUAAUUUCAUAAUGAAAAAGUUAUUUUCAGCUGCAUAGACGUGUAUUUUUGCUGGCUUGAGUAUAUUUUACAUGGAUAAUAUAUGAUCGGUGUUGUAUCUUGUAAAAAAACAAUUCUAUCUAAUAUUUGAAUGUUUUAGAUUUUAUUUUUGGAGGAAAAAAGAGAUAUUAACAAAUGUCCCAUGUAGCCGUUCAUAUUCCGAUGGACGUCCUGACGCUUGCUCGUACACAGUAAACGCUGCUGUAGCUGCAUGGACGCACUGCUUGUGCUCUUUCUGUUGCUUUCAUUUCAGUAUUUCGCACCUCCAUCGCCAUCAAACUGAGGAUGGUGGAAGUUAACAUCAGGUCUCGUAUGUUACGCUUAGGUCGAGUGUUGGAGUGAAAAGUAACAUUUCAUGUAAAAUGUAAAAAACAAAACUAGCUACUGUAAAUCUAACCGCAGAGAGGGGGAAAUACUUGAGUGUCCAGCUGCUGUUGUGAAGAUCAUUUGAGAAGCUUUACACUAAAAUAAAGAACCCUGAGCGUGUGCAGCGACAGCCCUCUAACUCUGGUACUUGGAUUGUCCUGAAAUCGUGUAUUAGGAGUGAGUGUGAGGUGAUGGAUUAUGUAGCAUCUUUUACUGAGUGUGGGUUCAUGCACAGGUUCUUCUUUACAAAGAUGACGAUGUCACGACUUUUACACUGAAUGUUACAGUCGGCAACAAUUUAAAAAAAA